AUGCUGUUCAAAAUACACUGAAUUUGUCACAGUUUCAUGGGAGUAAUUGGCUACCUGUCGAGUCGUUUUGCGUGCGAUCGUUAAAAUAGCUGGGAAAUGUGCAUGUUUCAGGCAGAAAUAUGCGGCCGCAGCGAACAUCAGAUGUACGCGAUAAGUCUUAAUUUUCACAGCUUUAUGAAAAAAAUGUAAAGCCUGUAGAUCUUCGGAGACCGUGGGGAGGGAGGCUUGCUGCACACUAAUGACAGAAUUGCAACGCAGAUCGAUGAGGCCAACUAACGAGGACUGUUGAUAUCUGAUGCGAACAUGUGACAUGUGGACACAGGUCCUCUCUGUUCUGUAACUUCAAGUUACAGGAACUUGAGGACAAUAUUCAUCGUGUCUGUCUAUUUCAAGACGUCUGAAAAAGGCAUUGGGCCUCCCUGGACACUUCAAUAACCGCCCGAGAAACAGGCUACACUGCCACCCCAAACCCAGCAUGAGACUGAAUAUGGGGUCAGCUGAUGGUGUCCUCAAGCGGGGGUCUUUUGGAUGGAACACUGAUGGAAACUUCAGCUCUGUAUGCCCCAAUGGAUCGGUAUGGGUUUGGGAAGGGCUGGGGGAAUGUGCCCAGGACGCCAGGGACAUGGCCAGUGUCAUCCUGGGUCUGCUGUCUAUAGUGUGCUUUAUGGUUUCUUCUCUGCCGCAAUACUACAGCUCUUGUAAGAGUGGGAAUAUGGACAGCGCCUUGUCCAUUUGGUUUCUAUUGCUGUGGCUGGGGGGUGACUCCUGCAAUCUUGUAGGCUCAUUCUUAGCUGACCAACUGCCGCUACAGACAUAUACAGCAGUUUAUUAUGUCCUGGCUGACUUAUUGAUGCUGGGAUUGUACUUUUACUACGUAUCUAAGCACAGGAUGAAUAACAACAGGUCGGUUCUAAAUGUAGUUGGUGUAGUCUAUAUACUGGGCUUCUUUGCCAGCCUCAUUGCCUUACCUGGGUCAGGGUCCCAACAGGAUGUCGUCCUCUCUGGGUUUAAGGGGCGGGCCUUGCUGUCAACCACUGUGGACAGUGUUAAGGCUUUCAGCACCAAGGAGAUUAUUGGGUUUACCAUUGGCUCCAUAUCCUCAGUGCUCUACCUCUGUUCCAGACUGCCACAGAUGCACACUAAUUACACAAGGAAGUCGACGGAGGGUGUGUCCUACUUCCUGUUUGCCCUGGUCAUCCUGGGUAACACUAUGUACGGCCUGAGUGUGCUGCUGAAGAACCCUGAGCAAGGCCAGGGAGAGGGAAGCUACGUCAUCCACCACCUGCCCUGGCUCAUAGGAAGCCUGGGCACCCUCUCUCUAGACAUCCUGAUCUCCGUACAGUUCCUGAUAUACCGCAAUAAUGCCCCUCUGGAGUUGGAAUCGCAGCAUGAUGAGAGAGCUCCUCUGCUGGACAAAUGAAACUGCUCCCUUUGUGCUGGAUCUAGCAGUUCAGACAAUUAUCACCACCCAAUAGACUCACUCACAUUCCUAAACACUAAAUCCAUAAUGUUUUGACAAACACAGGAAAUCCCUUUUCACUGUAUUGUUAUAUUUAUUUUUAUUUGUUAUGAGAAAGAUGCCACUUUGUUCAUUGGGAUUCAGCAAUAGUUUACUUUAACUGUACUUAAUUGCUCUUAAUCUUUUAGAGUAGGACCUUCCAACCAUUUGUCUAAAUACUUCUAGUAUUUAAAAACCUCUCCUGACAAUCAUGACACUACUACUGGUCACUACAUGGAACCCUCUCGUCCGAUUAGAAUAGUCUUGUUAUUGUAUUUCAGAAGUGAUUGACAGAAAAUAUUUUUUUGCAGAUCACUUCAUGUCUUGAGUAUACAGAGACAUGAAUCUUAGUGUCUUGACAUGUUCAUGUGGAUUUAUUGUAACUUCAUUAAAGUGUAAAUAUCUGAAGUACUGUACUUCAUUUAUUUGAUCGUUUACAUCAGUUGCCUUUAAGCAUUUUCAAUUGUAGAUUUAUGUACUUUGUGUUGGUUACUUUUUUGGGGCUAUGGUAUCCGGUCUGGAGAAUUUACCUCAUGUUUGUUCAGUGUAAGCACAGAGUAACGAUGCUCACUGAAGGUUACUGUUGAUGGAAGGGUCCUGUUUCUUUCUUAUUCUGUUCCCUAACAAAUAGUGUUGCAUCAGUACUGAAAUGCACAGGAUGGAUUUGAAAAUGUAUCACGUUGAUAAUGUCUCAUUCCUCACUUACACUUAGGCAGGAAAAAGACAAUGUUCUAAAGAAAUUAGUUGUGGGAUUGUCUUUCAUUUUGAUUUGUUUCACUAACAUGCUCAAUAGGACACACAUCAUGCUUUUAAACAACUGAAUUUGUAUGGAACCCUUCUGUCAUUUGCCCAGUGUACCUGAUCUUUAGUGUGUUAAAUAUGAUGUAAUUUUCCACCUUACUUCCAUAUCCAGCCCAUACUGUUUUUGACUGGACUUCAAGGUUGUAUAAUAAAUUAGAAGUAAUUUCACAUAUUUAAUUGUAAUGGGAAUAUUAAUGUUUGUUCUAUUCAUGUACUGUUCUAUAAGCCACUUGCAUGAACACAGAAACUGGUUAACUACAAAUCACCUAUCAGUAGCUGCAAUUUGGCAGUACGCCCAGUUUGUGUUUUGAGAAAGAAUUGAUGUGUUUUGAGAACACCAAAGAUAUCUCAGUUUUAAGGUCUUAGCUUGGUGAGAAAGAAGCCUUGUGUGGUGUUGAUCUAUCACGUUAUGAAACUGUAUUGGUCGGUCAAGUGAAUAAAACAAAAUGGUAAUGAUUGAUUAUGCUAAA